AUGGGUGUAGCUCUAUGUUCCGGUGUAUUCUUUACCUUCAAAAAACUAAGAACUGACGAGACUUUGAGAUUGAAAGGCAACCCAGAAUUGUCCCGUUUGGAUGAAGUUUUAGCUGAAGAUAAGGAUUAA